AUGUGUCUUGCUUUACAAACACGUAGUAAAGCUCUCUCUAGAGAAGGAAAUUCAACAGAGAACACCAAAAUUAAAGCUGCUUAUUGGUUUUCGUAUACACGAAGCUCUUCCCGAAAGGUUUGUUACUUUGGAGAUUCUGUGGCAAGCAGCAUUAUGACGUCCUCGCUUCAUUAUCAUUCAGAUGGUAGUGAGAAUGAACAGUCAGAAAAUCAAUCAGAAGCCCACAGCGAGUCUUCAUCGCCUGCAGCUGGAAUGUCUGUCCCUGGCACUGUAACAACAAAUAUGCACUAUGUUAUGCCCAAUCAACUUGGGAAUGGAAAUCCUAUGGCUCAAACAGCUUAUCCAUAUCCAGACCCAUACUAUAGGAGCAUCUUUGCACCGUAUGAUCCACAACCUUAUCCUCCACAACCUUAUCCAGCACAACCAAUGGUUCACAUUCAGCUAAUGGGAAUUCAACAAGCGGGUGUUCCUUUGCCAUCAGAUGCGAUAGACGAACCUGUUUUUGUUAAUGCAAAACAGUAUCAUGGCAUCUUGAGGCGUCGACAAUCUCGCGCGAAAGCUGAGUCAGAAAAGAAACUUCUGAAAGCUAGGAAGCCUUACUUGCAUGAAUCACGACAUUUGCAUGCAUUGAAAAGAGCUAGAGGAUGUGGAGGUCGUUUCCUGACAGCAAAGGAAACUGAUAAUCAGCAGAAACAGGAUGAAACUGGUGAUAAAUCUCAAGUCAACAUUAAUCUCGAGUCUGGAAAAGACAAGGUCGCUUCUUCAGAGAAUGCCUCUUGAUCUAUGCAAUAUCAAGGACUUUGUGGACCAUAGUAUGUUGUUACUGUUUGUAGAAACAGCAGUGCUUUUGUUAAAAUAGAAUUGUGGUAGCUGGGCAAAAUCAGGGUAAUUGUGGUGUUCUGUAUGUUUAUCUGAGUGUAGAUAGAUCGGAAUAGGCCUACUCGUUUGAGAGCUACAAAGUGGCCGCUGGGCGUAUGUUCUCUAAAUACCAUCUCUCUGAGCUUGUUUGUAGACAUUCUUUCUUGUCCUUUCGUAAUUGCCUUGUGAUUCCUUCAAAAUGUUGUUCUAGUAAGUGUAUGGAAUAUCGAGUCAGAAAUUUGAGUAAUAACGUUUGGCACUACGUUUUGUUAGUUUAAGAAGAUAAGCGUGCAGCACUGUUGGUUGAUGAAUUCUAAUUUUCCAA